AAGCUACCACCCCCACCCCACAGGCCGGACCCACUGUGGCCCAGGGAACAGCCCUCCUCCCCUCUGCCAGGGUGGCAGCAGGAAGAGAGAGGAUCGUCUCCAGCUGGCCAGCAAGCCAGAGCUCCCUGUGCCCAUCAGUCUUCCAAGAAUGCCCCCCACACACGCCCUCCCCCAGGCCUGUCCACAGGGGCUUGGGAUCAGCCAGAAAAGUCAGGGACUUCUGUGAGACGGGGAGCGAGGGAGGCGUGUUCUCCCUGCCAGGCUGGGUCCAGUCCCGGGGAGCAGCGCGGUACUGUGACCCACCCCUUGCACAGUGUCCCAUCCACGGCUCCGGACUUUGACCUUGCACUCCUGUUCUCCCCGGCAGGCAGGCAGGCAGACAACCCAGAAUCCUGCAGGAAAUAGAACCUGCACCCCCAGGAGCUGCCUCGGUUCUCCAGACGUCUCUGGCACGUGGGGCCAGACUUAACAGCAGUGCCUGAGGCAGGCGACGGAGGAAAGAAAGGACAGAGCGCUUUGCACCAACAUCUCCCAGAGGUGAAGCUCGAGCCUUGGAGUUGGGCUGGGAUUGCAGAAGCUGACAGAGCAGUUCAAGGUCAAAAGCUAAACUUCAGCGGGGCCAGCCGGCCAAGCACCGCGAGUCAGGCUGAGUCUCAGGCCAGUCCGACCCUGGACUGAGGGACUCAGAGCCGCGCAUGCGCACAGCCGGUGUUCACUCGGGUGGGACUCCAACCCCAGCAACACCACUCCUUGGCUGUGUGACUCCAGCGCCGGGGGCUGGUGCGUGGCAGGUGCUUCACGAAGGUCACUAAAUCACUUCUGCGCUGGGCACCAAAGUCUCAUCUGAGGUACGGAUGACUGAAACUUGAAGGAAGCCCACGGAGCAGCUUGCCUGGGGUUAGAGGCAGGCGGCACGAUGCGCGUGGUGGUGAUCGGCGCCGGGGUCAUCGGGCUCUCCACCGCCCUCUGCAUCCACCAGCGCUACCACUCGGACCUGCAGCCGCUGGACAUGAAGGUCUACGCGGACCGCUUCACCCCGCACACCACCACCGACGUGGCAGCCGGGCUCAUCCAGCCCUACAUCUCCCCGCCCGAAGACCCCCGGGAAAUGGACUGGAACCAGCAGACCUUUGACUACCUCCUGAGUCAAGUCCAUUCUCCCACUGCCGACAAAAUGGGCCUGGCCUUAAUCUCGGGCUACAACCUCUUCCGUGAAGCUGUUCCGGACCCUGUCUGGAAAGACAUAGUUCUGGGAUUUCGGAAGCUGACCCCCAGAGAGCUGGACAUGUUCCCUGAUUAUGGCUACGGCUGGUUCAACACCAGCCUGAUCCUGGAUGGCAGGACCUACCUCAAGUGGCUGACGGAAAGGUUGACUGAGAGGGGCGUGCAGUUCUUCCUGCGGAAGGUGGCGUCUUUGGAGGAGGUGGCAAGAGGAGGCGUGGAUGUGAUCAUCAACUGCACGGGGGUGUGGGCUGGGGCGCUGCAGCCAGACCCCCUGCUGCAGCCAGGCCGGGGGCAGGUCAUUCAGGUGGAAGCCCCAUGGAUGAAGCACUUCAUUAUCACCCAUGACCCAGAGAGAGGCAUCUACAAGACCCCGUACAUCAUCCCAGGGAGCCAGACGGUCACUCUGGGCGGCACCUUCCAGCUGGGGAACUGGACGGAGCUGAUCGAUACCCAGGACCAUGACACCAUUUGGGAAGGCUGCUGCAGACUGGAGCCCACGCUGAAGAAUGCGAGACUCGUCGGUGUGCGUGCUGGCUUCCGGCCUGCGCGGCCCCGGAUUCGGCUAGAGAGGGACCGGCUCCCUGGGGGACCUGCAGACACAGAGGUCAUCCACAACUAUGGCCACGGAGGCCAAGGGAUCACCAUUCACUGGGGCUGUGCCCUGGAGGCAGCCAAGCUCUUUGGCAAGAUCCUGGAGGAAAGGAAGUUGUCCAGGACGCCACCCUCCCACCUCUGAGGACCACCUUCCCCAGGACCCCCUGUUCCCCUUGGCCAACUAACCACGGCUCCUGGAUUGGCUCUCGCUUACAACCUGCUCGUCCCACCCUGGGUUCUUGCAGCAAAGAAGGCCGAGGGGACAGGAAAACACAAGGUCCAGUCCUGGAGGAGAGUCCAGCCUGGACGGGUGCCCCCUCUGAUCACCGAGGCCUCUCUGCUGCCUCUGGGUCUGAUGCUGUGAAGGACACUCGAGGCUAUUACUCCACAGUCCCCAGAAGAAAGGACAGCUCAGAAAACUAAAGAGACCAGCUUCCUGGAACCCCAGAAAAUAGAGGCUAGCUGAGAUGAAUUCACUUGAUUAUUAACACUAACAUAUUAAAGUUUCUGGAAAAGUCCUGCUGCAAAAA